AAUUAAUAUCUCGAGGUCACAACACUAUCCCCUGUUUGACCCCAAGGUUAACAUUGAGCGAUUGCUCUUUGACUUGGCAUAACUUGUUCAGCAAAGUUGGUCACCAAUCUGAGUUUGAGCGGUUCGUUUUCUUGUUGUAAACCAUCUAGUAACAACCUUGACGAAUUAAUAAACCCACAAAAAAGCCGUGCUCAGGAUGGACUUUCCUGCUCCAGAAAUGAGUCCACAAACGAACUUCAAUUAUGGAUUGGUGGCUUUGUUUAUUUUCGUAUUAUCGUAUUUUCUUUGGAAAUUCUUCCGUUCUUCGUCUGAAAACUCGUCAACUGUUAGUGAUUCACAUCGCUUAGCUAUGGAAGCUGCCAGAGCAAAAUUUCAAGCUGAAUUCAAUGCUGAGGUUGCUCAGUGCAAAUCUAAAAAUCAAGACGAGAAAGAAGGGAAAAGUAAUGUUCGUGAAAGUACUCAUUCUGGUGAGAAAAAGAAACGGUUCCGACUCAAUGCGCUCUAUUUUAUUAGUUCAUUUACGAACUGUGUUAAAAUCAUUCAAAUGUUUGUUUGCUUUUUCAAAAAAAAAAAACAACAAAAAAACGUACCAACACCAUUAACAAUACGUUGUACGCAUCACUUUUUAUUUCUCAAAUAUAACAGACUACAAUCCUUUAAUGGGUGAUACUGGGACAACUUACAGGCCAACUUCACGAUUUUGUUCAACUGGUGGAUGACGUUAAAUAUCUAUCCAACAAUAAGAACUCAAUAAGAUCAGAAAGCAACACUUACUGAGUUCAUCACAUACACACACACACACACACACUAGCCUUAUUACAUUUUUACACAAAGAUAAAAGAACAAGGAAUUUUCUUCUCUUCUUUCUUUCCACUAUGAUGUUGUUAAUUCGAAAUUGGAACCUAAUUCCAAGAUUAACAACUGAUGUCGUUUUUUUUUCUUUGAUGUAAAAAUAUGGAACAGUUUUUAAUUGUGAUUAAAUGACUACUGACAACAACGUUCAAACAGAACCUGUAUACUACUUGAUUAUUACUAAUUAUAAUUUUUAAAAAAGCAGAUUCAAAGUUUGUUCA